AUGGAUACGUUCUCAUUCAACUCCGGUUUCCAUGGUUCUCACGACGGCAGUGUAUCUGACCAAGCCGAUAUUCCAGUUCCAACGGUAUUUCAAGGCCAACAACACGCCCUAGGACAGCCAACCAACUCUGAUAAUCACAGACUAAUAUCCGAAACAGCCUCCGACGAAAGCCUUCGUGGAACGAUGGCUGAUACUGAAGACCCAAAAGAAGCGCGUCCGGGUCCAGACAAAUCUAAACUUACAGCUACUCAGAUGGCACACUUUCUAACGUUAGAUCUCUCAAGCCUUCGUGCAUCUGCGGCUUCCUACGCCACUCGGAAACGUAUGACCGAUGAGAUGAAGGAGGAACUCGAAGAAAUGUAUUACGAGUUCCAGUGUGAAGUUGCCCGGCUAGCUAUCCAAAAUCGAGUCGGCUCUCAUCUCUACUUCGAUCACUUGGGUCAGACUCGAAAGGUCAGAGGUGGCACAUCCUGGAAUAACUUCCAGAAAUAUGAUCCUGAGGCACAGAAGCUAUUUGAUGAAUUUGGUCGCGAGCAGGGUCGUUCAGAGGUAUCUGCUCUAUGGGCCACCAAAUCCUUGCCGCAAAAGCUUCGCUAUCGAGACAUGGAUUAUUUGAAAACCUUGCGUGAGGUAUCAACCGGAUCAGCAAGCUCUAAUGCUCCCCAUCUCGAAACUGUACUACACGCCCCUCUAGAUCAAGAGAAUGAUCCGGUACGUUUGAAUGGACGAAUCCAAGUUUCCAAGGUCUCGUUACAGAAAACUGCCUCGUUGGUUUCGGAGUGGUUGGACUCUUUUGCAUUCUUCCACCAAGUCAAGGGUUUUGUGGUCAUUGCUUUGUGCCAUCCAAAGAGCCCGAUUUUUCAUAAAUUUGGAUCUCCGGUUGGCAAUCGGUUUCUAAGGAUGUUGGCUCAACAACGAGAGACGGACGCGGCCGCUGAGUUUCAUACCUGGACGGCGGCCCAAGCCAUUCAAGUUAGUAAAGGUUGUGCCAGUGGGGCAGGUGUUCCACCAACAGGCCAUACCGAGAUUUUUGAUGAUGUUUCUGAAAAGUUCCGAGUUGGUAAACAUAACAAAAAUAUUUCGGCUAUCCGUCACAAGCUCAAGGAUUUGAUCUAUAUCGCUAGUGGUUGUAAGAUUCGCGCUUCAUGGCCCGGUGAAGACACAGAUCAUGACUUAAGACGCCUGAAGAUUUCACUCAAAAUCGACCACAACGAAUGGAGCAUUGUUCCAGAAGAUUUGAAACAGCCAUUGGUGAAAUUAAGUUUGGGGCAGGCAAUGGGAACCUUGGCUUGUUUGGGAUUGAACAAGAUUCACUUAACCUACCAUCCUGACUGGGAGGAUAUACCACCCCGCCCCCACCGAAAGAAUAAAAAGAGGAAGAACGUUGGCAAAGGCAACAAUGAUACGGAACAUACUGCCCACAAUCAUGAUCAUCCACCUCAAGGCAAGCGCCCUUGCGUCCGUGACAGUUCCCCAGCAAUUGACGCUCCUGCGACUGAUCUGAGAAACGGUCUGGCCGAUCUGACAAAUUGUCCUUCUGCUCCGUCUAACGCUCCCGCUCCCGCUGCGACUGCUCCGUCUGAUUCUCCAGCUCCUGCUGCUCCGUCUAGUGGCCCCGCUGCGUCUGACGAUCCCGCUGCUCCGUCUGACGCUCCCGCUCCCACUGCUCCGAUUAACAAUCCCGCUGCUCCAUCUGAUGCUCCCGCUCCCGCUGCUCCGUUUAACGAUCCCGCUGCUCCGUUUAAUGAUCCCGCUGCUCCGUCUGACGCUCCCGCUCCCGCUGCUUGGUCUAAUGAUCCUGCUGCUCCUUCUGACACACCCACUGCUCCAACCAACGUUCAAAACGGUUGCCCAGCUGCUUCCACUAACCGUGCUGCUGUUAAUGAUCCCGCUGCUCCGUCUGACACACCUGCUGCUCCGACCAACGCUGCUUCCACUAACCGUGCUGAUGUUAAUGAUCCCGCUGCGCCGCCUGAAACUCCCGCUGCUCCGACCAACAGUCAAAAUGGCCAUCCAGCUGCUUCCACUAACCGUGCUGCUGCUGCCACUAACGGUUCUGCGGCUCAAAAGAAGCGUGUACGACCAAUCAAAAAACUCCCCGAGAGCAAGUCAACCACCCCAUCUGCACCGCAGGCUACUGUAGACCCUGCUCCGUAUAACAAUCCCGCCGCUCCAUCUAUCAAUCCCGCUGCUCUGUCUAUCAAUCCGGCUGCUCCGUCUAUUAAUCCCUCUGCUCCGUCUAUCAAUCCCGCUGCUCCGUCUAUCAAUCCCGCUGCUCCGUCUAUCAAUCCCGCUGCUCCAUCUGACGCCACCACUCCCGCUACUGCUGGUGACAAUGUGGUCCCUCCUCUUCAACUUGACUCCUCGGAACUGCCAGAUUAUCGGCUCGAUACCCGUGCCGAACAGAGGAGGAGAAGCGAAGAAAAUCAGACGGCGAGGAAUGCUUCGGCAUCUCCGAUCGACGAGCAAUGUCAGCCGACCAGCCCUGCUCAUCUGGUUCGCUCGCUGGAGUUCAAGUUCGUCGGUCCCUGCUCGAUGGGAAGGGGCGGUGGCUCUCUGAUCUGUGAGAUCCUCCGAGCUUGCCCAUUGCUCGAAAACAUCACCAUCGCCACCUCGUUCUUGAGCGAAUUAUACCACUUGAAGUUCGCAUGGCCAGCCGACCAAGUUGUGGCGCGGUUAUUCGGCAAAUGGGACUUGCUCGAGACGGUCGAGUUGAUCAGGUUCCACAAUUUGUUCAAGCGCUUCGAAUCAGACGGUGGUGGCAGUAUGCUGCCCGCACUGAAUUGUGCCCUGAGAGCAAUCGUCUUGAACGACCUGAGGAUGAGCGAGCACGACCUGCGCAUGAUCCUGAACGGCUCUCGUGCCAGCCUGCGCACGCUCCAGCUCUGCAAUCCGGCCAAUUCGCUUCAACGGCCUGGCCUAUACCGAAUCCUCACGGAAUGCAUCAGCCCGGCCUUGGAAUCCUUGACGCUCGAUGUGGGCGAUCGAUGGGGAAAGCCGUGUUACCUCCAGGAAGAUGCCCGCCCCGAAUUGUAUCCGGGCCUGCUGGACCACAUCUUCAAGACUUCAUCGACCCUGAGCAAUCUCAAAAAGCUCUCAUUUGCUGGCAACUUGGCACUCACAAGCCACAUUGUCCCCUCUCCUCAUGAUGCACCCUCUGACGCCGAGACAAGACGUGCCCGAUGGCUACCCGAGCUCAAGUGUUGCUCGAUCUACAAUCUCCCUUAUCCUAAGGGAUCGACGGAGGAGAUUAUGGCCGAGUUAAGAGCCCGACAUGUCUACGAGUUUUGUGAGAGACCGUACUACGGCUGGGACCCCCGAGUAUUUUUCACAGUUUGA